AUGGCAGCAUUAAACUUAAACGCAAAUCUUCCAGUAUACAUUCAAUGGCCCGAUGACGCUGCUUUGACCUUAUUUCAGCAUCGUCGGGCCUAUCAGCCCUUAUUCACCACAACGAGGUUACAUGAUCAAAACCAAUUAUGGCGUGGAAUUGCUCAGAGAUUAAUAAACAGAAAUCCUGAAGGAUAUCCCACUCGUACCCCUACUUUGCAUGACGAGAGAUUCCACCAGGAACUCUCUGACGAGUUUUGGAUAGUGGAGCAAAUAGGAUGGAUCGUAAGACAUACGAGUAUAGAGAGCGCAGGCGCUCUCGCUCCCGAUCCCCCUACUACCACUGAGAGCGCAGGCACUCUCGUUCUCGAUCUUCUCACCACCAAGAGCGCAGGCGCUCUCAUUUUCGAUCUUCUCACCACUAAGAGCGCAGGCGCUCUCAUUCUCGAUCUCCUUACCACCGAGAGCGCGGGCGCUCUUACCAACGUCAUUGAUUUUUUAUUUUUUAUUUUAUUAUUUUAA